CAAUGCACUGCGGCAUGAAGUGCCGUUCCCAGAAAGCAGUGCGGACGGCCUGUGGAGAUUUGAUGCUGUGACUGCCUCAAGUCUUGGGUCGGAUCCCAAACCAAUGGCCGCCAGCGGACUCCGGAGCUCGGAUACCGUGAAGCGGCUGCUCCGCCGUUCCCACUCCGCUUCCAACAUCAGCAUCCCGCUUGCUACGGCCGGGAACCCAGCCCCCGGGUCCCGAGGCUGCGAGAAUGGCGCCUUGAUGGGAAACUUCGGGAUGUUCAUCCAGGGUCUGCUCGGGGUCGUGGCUUUCAGCCUCUUGAUGCUGAAACGUUUCCGAGAACCAAAGUACGAGAGGCGACCAUGGAAGAUAUGGUUCUUGGAUACCUCAAAGCAGGCUAUUGGGAUGCUCUUUAUCCAUUUUGCCAAUGUCUAUUUGUCUGACCUGACUGAAGAGGACCCAUGUUCAUUGUAUUUGAUUAAUUUCCUGUUGGAUGCUACUCUGGGAAUGCUUCUGAUCUACGCUGGAGUACGAAUAGUGGGUGUCCUUGUGGAAUGGCGACACUGGGAGUCUCUUCGUUUUGGCGAGUAUGGGGACCCACUGGAGUGCAGUGCCUGGGUUGGACAGUGUGCACUUUACCUGUUAAUUAUGAUGUUGGAGAAGACUGUGGUGAUUGUGGUGCUGCUCUUACCUCAGUGGAAGAAGGUAGCUUUACUCAAUCCAAUCCAGAACCCACAGUUGGAGCUGGCGAUUGUGAUGCUCAUUGUUCCUUUUUUUGUCAAUGCAUUAAUGUUUUGGGUAGUAGAUAAUUUUCUAAUGAGAAAAGGUAAAACUAAAGCUAAACUGGAAGGAGAAGUUGGAGAAGACGAAUCUAGAAGCAGUAACAAGGUCAGAUAUAGAAGAGCAGCAUCGCACGAGGAGUCUGAGUCUGAGAUUCUCAUUUCAGCUGAUGAUGAGGUGGAUGAAUCUGAAGGUGAUGAGGACCUGAGGAGACUGAUGAAUUUAAAGCCUGUUAAAAAGAAGCUGCGAUUUGGGGGCCUCCCGGUAUGACACAGGGUAGUGCUCUGUCUUUCAGAGUUAGUGGACCAUGUGGAAUCUUUUCCUGCUCCAAACUUCAGUAUGAAAAUGGGCUGCAUAAAAUGUUGGAGUGGCACAAAGAUCUGAAAGAUGAACAAAAAGAUGAGAUUGCGGUGAUUGUGAGUUUAUGAUCUCAACUCUCCUCUUUGCACUGAUAUCAAACAUUCCCUAAUCAAAGUUGUCUAUUGUUUGCAAAUGCAAAAUGUAAAGGACUGUUGGAUGCUGCAAAGUAUUUUUCUUUUAGCACCAGUCAGGUUUUUGUUACCUUGUUUUAAGUUAUUAAAUCUGUCUCUCAGUCUGUUUAUAUGUUUCAUACAAUGCCCAAGAACUGUGAAUCCUCAGUUUUCAAAGGUCAUGACCAGUGGCUGUAAUUGUGACACAGCAUGGUCACAGCUUGGAGGUCUAGUCAGAAUGAAAGAUCUCAGCAAUUACUAAAUUGAAAAUACUGCGACAGCUUAAAAAAAAAUCCACAUUGAGAAGGGGCAAGGCAGCUGUCAGCCUGUUCCAUUCUUUUGUGACUUGUCCAGCCUGUUCCCUCUGGCCCUCUCUCCCUGCUCUCCAUCAUUUCUAGUCGAACCAAUGAUAACAGUCAAAGAGUGUUGCUUUAUUUAUUAUAUAUUUACCUGAAUCAGUUGGGUUUUAUUAACUGAUUCAAGAUCGGAAUUUCUGUGGGACAAAAUGAGAGCUACUGUGCAGCACAGUUUCUUAAUGGGCUAUGAUUCUCAACUGCAACAAAGUAUUCAAUUUCGAAUCCAGAUCAUCUCUUUUGGGACUUUGCUUUGCGAAGCUCACUGACAGAGCAUUGGAGAUAUAUGUUGCCUGUGUGUUCUGAUCAAAAACAUUCAACCAUUUAAAACUAUUUUGUAAUAAUGUUCCUAACCCAUAUCUGCUCUGACAGACAAAUAUUAAUUAAUUGAUGACAUUAAUGUUUAUUGAGGUUUCACUUUUAAUGUAUUUUUACUGUACCUGUCAUAUUUCAAAACAUUUUGGCAACUGUAACAUUAUAAAUAGUGGCAUGGUUUGUGUGCAAAAUAAACACAUUACAUGGCUGCUGCAAA